AUCAUGUUGAAGAAAGUACACCUAUUCAACUCAAAAAUCCCACCACCAACUCCUCUAUGGCUUCUUCUUACUACCUCAUAACUUUGCACAUUUGCUUGAAGUAAAAAAAAAAAUCUCUAUAAAUACUUGUUAGCUAAUGUCAAAUUUCAUCAUCCCAAAACCUUCUCUCCACAACACAUUUUGUUACAUAGCAAUAUUCUUGCAGCUAGCAAACACAAAUGGCUAAGUCCACAUUCAUCUUGUUCUUGGCUUUAACUCUUCUUGCUUUUGCACCCUUUUGCUUUUGUCACAACACACAUGGAGGCCACUUAUACCCACAAUUCUAUGACCGUUCGUGCCCAAGGGCUCGUGACAUUGUUCAGUCCAUUGUUGCAAAGGCGGUUGCUAAAGAAGCUCGUAUGGCGGCUUCACUUGUUAGGCUCCAUUUCCACGACUGCUUUGUUAAGGGCUGUGAUGCGUCGAUACUAUUGGACAGCACGGGUAGCCUAGUCAGCGAAAAGAGGUCCAAUCCUAACCGAAACUCAGUCCGCGGGUUUGAAGUGAUUGACGAUAUCAAAACGGCACUUGAGAAAGAAUGCCCUCACACCGUGUCUUGUGCCGAUAUCAUGGCUCUUGCUGCAAGGGACUCUACAGUUCUUGCUGGUGGGCCCAGUUGGGAGGUUCCACUGGGAAGAAGAGACUCAAAAGGAGCCAGCUUGAGUGGCUCAAACAACAACAUUCCUGCUCCAAACAACACCUUUCAGACCAUCUUAACUAAAUUUAAGCUACAAGGAUUGGGCAUUGUUGAUCUUGUUGCAUUAUCUGGAAGCCACACCAUAGGAAAUGCUAGAUGUGUGAGCUUCAGGCAGAGGCUCUACAACCAAUCAGGAAACUCGAAACCCGAUUUCACCCUCGACCAAUCAUAUGCCUCCAAGUUGCGGGCCGGGUGCCCGAGAUCUGGUGGGGACCAGAACCUUUUCUUCUUAGACCCUUCUUCUCCUACGAAAUUCGACAACAGUUAUUUCAAGAAUCUGUUGAGUAAUAAGGGCCUUUUGAGUUCUGACCAAAUUCUGGUCACUAAGAAUCGACAGUCGCUUGAGCUCGUGAAGAAAUAUGCCGAGAAUAUCGACCUUUUCUUUCAGCAGUUUGCAGAGUCUAUGGUUAAGAUGGGGAAUAUUUCGCCGUUGACCGGAAACAGGGGAGAAAUCAGAAAGAACUGCCGAAGGAUUAAUGCCUAAUGCUUGAUAUUAUUCAUUUUUCUAGUGUUUUUCUUCUCUUGGUUUGAAGAAUUAUUGGAAUGUUGUUCGGGUGUAAGCUUAUAUGGAGUUUUCAUGUGUUAUAUGCUUGUGAUAUGAAAAUGUAAGUCCAUGUUGUUGUUACAUCCAAGUACCUUAAAAGCUACCAUGGCUUUCUACUAUUUAUUGGGGUUGAUUCAAGUACAGAAAUAUAAUAUAAGGUAAGGCCAAAGCAGUUCUAGGCCAUC